GAUCGGAUAUCAUCGCUAUUGCUCAAAUCCAGGGAAUUCCGGGACGCACAGCUGGCGCACUCUAGAAUUUCUCGCUUCUCCAGGCUUCUGAACCAAAAUCCGGUUGAAAAGUUUUUCUCUAGAGCUUCGGCGAAGCUAGAGCGAAUCUUACCGUGCACCAAGCCGAAAAUGUCGAUCGGUAACAAGUUAGCCAUUGAUAAGCUGGACUUGAAGGAUAAACGCGUCCUCAUGCGGGUGGAUUUCAACGUGCCCCAAAAGGACAAUGGCGAAGUUGCCAACAACCAACGUAUUGUUGCCGCGCUGGAUUCUAUCAAGUACGCCGUGGAUCAUGGAGCAAAAUCCGUGGUUCUGAUGAGCCACUUGGGUCGGCCGGAUGGACAGAAGAAGGACAAGUACUCCCUGAAACCAAUUGUCCCCGAGCUGGAGAAGCUGUUAAACAAGAAAGUGACGUUCCUGCCUGACUGCGUCGGAGCAGAAGUGGAAGAACACUGCAGCAAAGCGCAGAAUGGUGAAAUUAUCCUCUUGGAAAAUCUUCGAUUCCACCCCGAAGAGGAAGGCAGUAUGGUAGAUGACUCUGGAAAGAAAGUGAAGGCCGAUAAGGAGAAGGUGGAGCAGUUCCGGCAGUCGCUGACGAAACUGGGCGACGUUUAUGUUAAUGAUGCUUUUGGUACUGCGCACAGAGCUCACAGCUCCGUGGUGGGAGUGAAACACGAUAAGAGAGCUGCUGGCUUCCUUAUGAAGAAAGAAUUGGAAAUGUUUGCACGUUGCUUGGAGAAGCCAGAUCACCCGUUUCUUGCUAUUUUGGGAGGUGCAAAAGUUAAGGAUAAGAUCCAGCUUAUUGAAAACUUACUGGAUAAAGUGGAUGAAUUAAUUAUUGGAGGAGGCAUGGCAUUUACUUUCUUGAAGCAACUGAAUGGAAUGAAGAUUGGAAACUCGUUGUUUGACGAAGAAGGAUCGAAAAUUGUGCAGAAUUUGAUGGAUAAAGCCAAAUCGAAGAAUGUUCAGAUCCAUCUGCCGGUCGACUUCGUUACUGGCGAUAAAUUCGAGAAAGGUGCUAAAGUGGGCGCGGCAACGGCUGCCGAAGGAAUUCCGGAUGGUCAAAUGGGCAUGGAUAUAGGACCCGAAAGUAUCAAAAAAUUCCAGGAAGUGGUCAAUAAGGCCAAACUUAUUAUCUGGAACGGUCCUGUUGGAGUUUUUGAAUGGGAUAGUUUUGCCAAUGGUACCAAAUCGCUUAUGGGUACAGCUGUUGAAGCCUGCAAAAAGGGCGCUGUAGUGGUGAUCGGUGGAGGGGACACCGCUACGGCAGCCGCCAAUUUCGGUGCGGAAGAUAAGGUCAGCCAUGUUAGCACCGGAGGAGGGGCUAGUCUGGAGCUCUUGGAAGGCAAAACGCUUCCUGGUGUGGCGGGACUGUCGGACGCUUGAUAAUCAAAACCUGUGUGGAUGGAUGCUUGGUGUUAAAAUAUUAUGCUCGGUUUUCAGUUGGUGUAUUACUCCGGUAGAGCUUUCGUACAAAUGUUGGUUUUCAAUGGUUUGCAAACUGUGCAUAUCUUUGCUAUAUGGUGGAUUGCGGUCAGAGCUUAAAAAUACAGCGUAAAUUACUAAAUAUGCAGUUGAACGUGUGACUGCAUUAUUAAAAGUGGUGAAGUUAUUAAAAAAACGAAAACGUU